AUGGCUGGGGAAGAUGAGUGGCACUUGAUCCUGAACACAGAUGAGCUUGCCGCUGUUCCUUCUAAGCCCACGAUGAAGGUGCUACAGAUAGAAUCUACGGACAUUCUGUUGAUGAUGGGCCAUGGGAAAUACUAUGCUCUGGAUGCUCGUUGUGGACAUCGGGGAGGACCAUUGCAUGAAGGCGACUUAGAGGAUCUUGGAUCGACCGGAUCGUCUCUGGGGCUGUGCGUUCGUUGCCCGUGGCAUGGCCGGCGCUUUCAGGCCGAGACCGGAAUCGAGGUCGGCAAAGAUGACGUGCUUUUGGCACCCAUGCAGCGCUGCCACGAGCUACGCUUGGAUGGUCGUGGUCUUCAUGUGCGACUCACGAACGAGGGCCACUAUGCCUCGGAGCGACAAUCGAAAAGAAAGCAAAAACGACAACCCAAAAAUUGA